UACAAAGCCUCCUCCGGCGUCUCAUCCACCACCGCCACCUCCUUCACCGGCCUCUUCCAAUGCCGCGGCGACCUCUCCCCCUCCGCCUGCGCCUCCUGCGUCUCCAAACUCCCCUCCAUGACUGACUCGCUCUGCGGCAACUCCGUCGCCGCCGCCCGGGUCCAGCUCCUCGGCUGCUACCUCUCCUACGAGGUCGCCGGCUUCGCCCAGAUUUCCGGCAUGGAGCUCCUCUACAAGGCCUGUGGGUCCACCAACGUCGAAGGUGCCGGGUUCGAGGAGAGGCGGGACACGGCGUUCUCCGUCAUGGAAAAUGGGGUUGUUUCCGGCC